AUGGAAAAAAGUAUUGAUUCUACCGAGUUUAAACAGAUAGUGGGUUGUUUGAUGUAUCUUACAGCCACUAGACCUGACUUGUGCUAUUCAGUGUGCUUAAUUGCAAGAUACAUGGAGAGGCCAACAGAGAUCCAUUUAGCUGCAGCAAAAAGGAUUCUCAGAUAUCUUAAGGGAACCAUGAAGUAUGGAAUUCUCUAUGAAAAAGGAGAGGUGAGUAUCAAGCUUGAAGGUUGGACUGACUCUGAUUAUGUAGGAGAUAGUGAUGACAGGAAAAGCACAUCUGGCUACAUUUUCAAGGUUGGCUCUGGUGCAAUCUCAUGUUCAUCAAAGAAACAACCAAUUGUUACUUUGUCCACAACUGAGGCAGAGUAUGUAGCUGCAGCCUCCUGUGCUUGUCAAGCUGUAUGGCUGAGGAAAAUAUUGAAGCAACUUGGGCAAGAGCAAAGAAAUGCAAAUACAAUCUUCUGUGAUAACAGUUCCUCAAUUAAACUGUCAAAAAAUCCAAUCUUGCAUGGCAGGUGCAAGCAUAUUGAUGUGAGGUACCAUUUCUCAAGAGAUUUGACAAAGCAAGGUAUAGUAGAACUGGUUCAUUGCAGCACAGGUGAACAAACUGCUGACAUUAUGACCAAACCUCUCAAGCUGAAAUCAUUUGUGAAGUUUGUUAGUCAAGUGACUCCAAACGACACAAGAGGGGGGGUGAAUUGUGUACUCAAAAAAUGA